AGCCGUGGCUAACGAAGCGCAGGAAAAUAUAAAAUAGUGUGCUGCUCUUUUCGCGUACAUUUCUGUACGAUAUGAAAUUUAAUUAUUAAGAAUCUUUGUUACAAUAUAAUGAUGUAAGAUUUGUUCUUCGUGGUUGAAUAUGCACAGCUAAAUAAUUUAAUUUCUGGAAGAUACGACUUCGAGAAAAUUCUACGCGAUGCUGGAACACUACUGCCCCCACUAGGACACUGCUCGAAGCGAGCAAGCGUCAAACCAAACGGUCCAAACGUCAACCGUCAUAUUGCGUCCGUUGCGAAUACGGGUACAUUCGAAAGAAACUUUGCGAGAAGUCUUCCGAUCCAUUUAUUAUCAUCAAAAGUAUCAUAGAAGAAGGAAAAGGAAUGUCUCUGUUACCGGUGUUAUUCUCGAACUGGUGGGAAGAUCUGGAAAGACCUCAUCGUAUCUUCGAUCAACAUUUUGGAUUGCCACUGAGCAUCGAAGAUUUACCGACUCCUAGAUCGCUCGCGCCAACGGAUACCGAUAUUUUGAUCCUGAGGCCUCGUCGCCGUGGCUAUCACAGAUAUCAGCCUUAUGAAAGAAGCGUCGACCGAAAAUCUAGUGGAGUAUCUACGAUAGAUGCUGACAAGAAUAAAUUCCAAGUAACCUUGGAUGUUCACCAAUUUGCUCCAGACGAAGUCAAGGUUAAAGUCUUAGGGAAAAGUGUAGUUGUCGAAGGGAAGCACGAAGAGAAGCAGGAUGAGCAUGGUUGGAUAUCGAGGCAGUUCGUACGAAAAUACUUUGUGCCUGAACAAUGCGAAAUCGAUGAACUCAAGUGUAGCCUCUCGUCCGAUGGUGUCUUGACUAUUACAUCGCCACGGAAGGAUCAGAAUUCGAAAUUAGAGAAUGAAAGAGUUAUUGAAAUUGAAAAUACAGGAAAACCUGCAUUAAGGGAGGAAGCAAAGCCCUCGGAAAAAGAAAACCAGAACGAAGUUCCAGUCCAAAAGAAUUCUGUCCAAGAGAGAACAAGAGCACAAGAGCAGACUGUAAAGGCAGCUUAAGAAAACGUUCAUUUAAGUUUUAUAUUAUAUAAUAUAAGUAUUAACCUUAAAGUAUUAACAUUCAUUCAUCUUUUAAUUUAAGAAUUAUCAGAAUACACAAAUCUUUCAAGAAAACUUUUAUUUACGUUUUUUACAUGCAAUUGAUUCCUCAAAAAAUAAUUUCUAAAGUCAUCUUUAAGUUUAUAAAUUAUAUAUACGUAUGUAUAACAGAAAACAAUGCGUUCAACUGGUACUAUAUAAGACUUGUUUAAAACUUACGCUAUUUAGUGUUAAUUUGCUAUAAAGCAUUUUAUAAUAAAAGAUGGUUUUUGUAUAA